GAUAGGGGAUAUACGCACUUACUCAAAACAAUACUAUACACUACAAUCGUCGUUUGUCAGCGUGCGAAUGGGGACUUGGUGUGCUGUUCAGUGAGUAUGAACGGGUUUUACCGGAACGAAGGCGACUGAGGAUGGAGUACAGGGAAUCAUGAACAUAUCCUUUCUCUACGGCUCGGUACGUGACAUUCCUACUGUUAACAGUUUUGCUUUCAAUUGAACAUCAGGUAUCAAUGGCUGACACGUCCGUGAAUGGCGGUGGUAGUGGUGGAAACAACAGGAAGACAAAAAAUGAAACAAAAUCUAAAAUCUCCAAAUUAUUCAGACGCAAAAAUAAAUAUAAACAGUUUGACUCAGAAGUGAAAAUCUCGACUCACUCCAAGACUGCGGAUUAUAACCAACAAGAGAAAAACUCGACGUCGAAUAAUUGGGAGAAACUUAGUAAACUCGAAGAACACAGAAAAGGACAAAGUCCUACACCGAAGGAAAACAAAGAUAUGACCAAGAGUUGUAAAAAGAGACACUUCAAAGAUCAAGAUAACGACUGCGUCAAUAGUGCCACUAUUAGUGGUACGCAAACGGCGACGUUUGUGGAGAUUACAGCAGAGAAAGUCGAGGGUGAACUCGUAAACAUUGGUCAAGGUCACGCCGUUAUUGACAGAGACGCCAUACACGCAGUGUCUGAAGAGCACGUUAGGAAAAGGGGCGAUAGUCAGGUCAAAGAUGACCAUGUACUACUCAAAGAAAGGUCGAGUUACCAUAAAAUGACAGAUAUAACCGAAAUCGAAAUUCUUGACGAAAACACGAACAAAUUAGACGAAUCUAAUACAAAUUACGCAACAAAGAAACGCGAUGAUACCACGCAUGGAAAAAAUAAAUGGCAUAGGUCUAAACGAUUCCAAAAACUCAAACAAAAACUUCACUUAUCAAACUACAAGGAAUUGUACGAAUCUAGUGAGACGAUCGAUAAUGUCAAACAUAAUGAGAACACGGGUUAUAGUGACGUCAGAAAAAAGAAACGUCUGAAACAGGCUGGGAAUAACGUGAGGAAGGCGCUGGGUUCCGGGCUGAGAAACCUAUUGGAGGGCUACCAGUCAAUCACCCCUUUUACCGUGCGACCGUCCACUUACCACAGUACAGACAAUAAGAAUUACAACCCUUAUUAUACAAGACCACAUGUCAUACCAUUCUUUGCCUAACGGGUUAAUUUUACAAAUCCCUCUUUUUCCCGAAACGUUCCAGGCAUACUUCAGUACUAUAUAUUAACAUAUUCCCCACCAAUUGGUGUAUGGUAAUACGUAACUUAUGGUUUAGUCUUCCGAUAAAGGGUUUGUUUGUUUGUUUAUAUAUCCCUCCAAAUCUGAAGUAUUUCUUACGCAUGGUCCUGCGUGGUUAUACUGAACUUCCGGACAUUUUUAAAAUACAUUCCACAAACAUUAUAACAGUGUUUCUAUUGCAAAACCAGUUUUCCACAAAUUGUCUUUGCGUAUUUUAGAUUUUUUAGUGUAACUGAAUGAAUGAUAAAAACUCAGCGUACGUGUCCUCCAACAACAUGUCUUCUAAUUAUUUGUAUUAAUAAUAUAAGCAAUAAUUACUAUAUUGAUAUGAUGAAUAUUUUUUUUUUAAUUCUUGUUUUAUUGUUUUAUAAAUAUUGAUGCUUGGAUAUGUAAUUAAUCGAUAAGACAUAAUUAUCACAACAUACUACUUUGUAAUGUUUAUUUCAUAUUACGUUUUGACAAUAUUGGUCUAUUAGAGAUCCUUUCAAGCUAAACUGUACGUCUUGUAAUCAAUAACAAUUAAGAAUAUUGGUCACGUGAUGGUGUUUUAUAAAUAUUCAUAUUAUGAUUAUUGUUUACGUGAAACUUUUAACCAAACUCGUUUUAUCUUAUAUAAAAUCUAUUUUAUAACAUCUCUUAUGGGAAACUACAAAUAUAAUAAUGAAUACAUUGCAACUUUGUGUUGUGACCACCGCC